AUGAUGCAGACACCGAUGCUGUCGUGCCCGCUCAAGGCAACAAACGAGAUAGACUGGAUUGCCCCGCUCAAGCAAUACAUCCGCACCACGUACGGUGACGAUCCAGAACGCUAUGCCGAUGAAUGCGCCGCCCUCAACCGUCUGCGCCAGGACAUGCGCGGCGCUGGCAAGGACUCGGCCGCUGGAAGAGACUUGCUAUACCGCUACUAUGGCCAGCUAGAGCUAUUGGACUUGCGCUUUCCCGUUGACGAGAACCACAUCAAGAUCUCCUUCACCUGGUUCGAUGCCUUUACCCACAAACCUACCUCACAGUACUCGCUAGCCUACGAGAAGGCUUCUAUCAUCUUCAACAUCUCGGCCGUUCUCUCCUGCCAUGCCGCCCAUCAAGAUCGCAACCAGGAGACAAUGCUCAAGGUUGCUUACCACUCGUUCCAGGCUUCGGCCGGCAUGUUCACCUAUAUCAACGAGAACUUUCUACAUGCUCCCUCGACAGAUUUGAGCAGAGAUACAGUCAAGACCCUCAUUGCGAUCAUGUUGGCUCAGGGACAGGAGGUCUUCCUCGAGAAGCAAAUAGCUGAUGGCAAAAAGGUUGGCCUCAUGGCCAAACUUGCCAGUCAGGCUGCAUAUCUGUACACCCAGGCUCUUGAAGGUGUUCAAGACAACGUCGCCAAGGCCAUCUUUGAGCGUGUCUGGCUACUCCUUGUCCAGUUCAAGACACAUUACAUGACCUCUCUGGCCCACUACUACCAGGCUCUUGCAGAUGACGACGCCAACUCUCAUGGUGUUGCCAUCUCGCGCCUCGAAAUCGCCAUGACGCUCGCUCGAGAAGCCGCAAAGGUCGCAAACUCAUUCCCUUCGUCUAUCCCUGUCACCUCAAACUUGGCUGGAGACACUGCUUCCAUUCUUGCAAAUAUGGCGAAGACUCAUUUGACUGCGUGCGACGAGAAGCUGCAGCAGUUUAACAAGGACAACGACUUCAUCUACCACCAGUCCACUCCCCCCGAGGCCGCCCUUCCUGCCAUUCCCAAGCUUCCCGCCGCCAAACCUAUUCCUGUAAGCGAGCUGUACCAAGGUCAGGAUAUUCACCGUAUAGUUGGUCCCGACAUUUUCCAAAAGAUCGUUCCAAUGGCUGUUACAGAGUCUGCCAGUAUGUACGACGAGGAGAAAGCCAAGCUCGUCCGCGCAGAGAGCGAGCGUGUAGAGAUUGCCAACGAUGAGAUGGCUGCUUCUCUCGAUUACCUCAAGCUACCGAACAGUCUGAAUAUUCUCAAAGGAGGUCUAGAUCAAGACAUGACGGUUGAUUCUGACUUCCGCAAAUGGUGCGAAGACUUCGUUGGUCAUGCUCCAUUCGCUCAAGACUUUGAGCAGCUCAACUCUAGCAAAUCCAGUAUCCAUGGUAUACUCGACCAAUGCCAGAAGAGCUUGGACAUGGAAGAGAGUGUCUGUGAGAAGAUGAGAAACAAAUAUGGCGGCGAAUGGACCCAACAACCUAGCUCACGACUCACUUCGACACUCCGCAGCGAUAUUCGAAACUACCGUGGUGCUGUCGAGGAAGCGAGCAUGAGUGAUGUGCAACUCUAUAGCACUUUCAGGCAGCAUGAAUCCGACAUGGAGGAAAUGCGAUCUGCAGGCGAGACCGAUGAGGCCGAUGUACUUUACCAGCGAGCCAUGAUCAAGGUUGGUGCCGCGAGGAAGACAGGCGCAAAGAGUCCUUCAGCAGAAGGUAGCUUGAUCGAUGAUAUUGACGACGAAGACAAAGCGAGUGUGUCUGAACAGAUUGCUGCUGUUGAAGAUCUGCUGAAAAAGUUGACCUUGAUCAAGAGAGAGCGUGAGAAGGUGCUGAAGGAUUUGAAAGAAAAGGUUCACAAUGAUGACAUUUCAAGUGUCUUGAUCUUGAACAAGAAGGCCAUGUCACAGGAGAACCAACUUUUCAAAACCGAGCUCGAGAAAUUCCGACCGCAUCAACAGCGUUUACUACAAGCGCAACACAAACAGCACAGCUUAAUGAAGGAGCUCACUCGUACUUACAGCGAUCUUUUGUCGGACAAACGCGUCCGCCAAGAGCAGAACAAGUACGAAGCUUUCUCACGUCAACGUAGUACCGUAAUGUCCAAGUACAAGAAAGUGCAUCAAGCACUUCUGGACUUGCAAGCAGGCCUUGAGCGUGCCAAGAACUUCUAUUCUGAGAUGAAAGAUACCGUCGACAGUCUGUAUAAAAACGUCGAAGGAUUUGUCGGCAAUCGCAAAGCAGAAGGAAGUCAGCUGCUUAAUCAGAUCGAAAGCGGCAAGGCUUCUUCGGGCGCUAAUGGUGCAGACCGUGAGCAGCAGCGUCUCAAGGAGAUGAUGGAUCGCAUGUCCAUGAACCCUACUUCUUCGCCAAAUCAGCAACAACAACCGCAACCCCCUCCAAGACCCAUGCAACUGCAACAACAGCACUCUUACAACAACAACUACAACCCUGCAUCCUCACCACCUGUCACACCAGGAUACGGCAUGCAACCCACACCAUCGCCUUACACGCAGCAACAAAAUUACGCUCAACAAUCCCAACAGCCAAACUACCAACAACACCAGCAACCUCAACAACCUCAAGGCUACAGCUACAAUCCAAAUUCUUACGGCAUGCCCACUUCUCCACCCGCCGUCCAGAGCCAGUACUUCUCUCCUCCGCCGAACCAAAACCAAGGCCAAAGCCUGUAUGGUCAAAUAGGUCAACAACAGCAGAACAUGCUGCCCCAUGGUUAUGUGCCCCCACCCCCACCCCCUGGUCCACCGCCACAACAGCAGCAGCAACACCAACAGCAAGGAUACGGACAACAGCCUCAACAGGGCUACAGUCAGCAGCAGUAUGGGCAACAGCAGCAGGGCCAAGCUGAUCCAUGGGCUGGACUCGGUGCUUGGAAAUAG